AAAUAUUCAGAAGCUGUGAUGCUGAAUGUGAUGUACCCACCAAGGAACGUCUCAGCGUCCAUCAGUUCUUCUGGUGUAAUAGUGGAGGGUGAUUCAGUGACUCUGACCUGCAGCAGUGAAUCAAAUCCACCUGUUCACAUCUACAGCUGGUUUAAAGAGAAUCAAACAUCAUCUGUUGGAUCUGGACAGACGUUCAGCAUCACUAACAUUAAUUCACGUCUCAGUGGAGGGUUUUACUGUGUGGCUCAGAAUAAACAUGGAUCUCAGAGAUCAGCUGCUGUAUCACUCACCGUUAAAGGAGUUCAGGGUUCUGCUGUAGUUUCUGGGAUUGUAGCAGGAUGUGGAGGAUUGUUCUUCGUCAUCAUCUUCAUCAUCCUGUUUAUAUGGAAGAAAAGAAGCGACGGUGCAUCUGAAGUUAACAUGCAAAAUCAGGCAAGUCAGCAAAUACACGCAGAAUUACAGUGUGUUUGUUUCCAAUUGAUCAAUUUUAGUCAAAUUAUUAUGCAAUAA